AUGGAAAGCAAGAAGUGGCAGCCAAAAAAAACAGGCGGUAUGAGUAGUACCGAGUUCCGAAAAUAUGGCAAAGAAGUAGUUGACUACAUCGCGGAUUAUAUUGAAAAUAUACAAAAGAGACGUGUGGUACCAGCAAUCGAACCCGGAUAUCUACGUAAUCUGUUACCCAAUAUGGCACCUCAACAUGCGGAAGCAUUCGAGGACGUUAUUAGUGAUUUCGACAGAUAUAUUAUGCCUGGGAUUACUCACUGGCAACACCCUCGAUUUCAUGCUUACUUUCCGGCUGGAAAUGCCUUUCCGAAUCUUUUGGCUGAUAUGAUUUCAGAUGCCAUCGGUGCAGUUGGCUUUUCCUGGGCGGCGUGUCCUGCGAUGACAGAGCUAGAAAUAAUCAUGUUGGAUUGGUUUGGUCGAAUGAUCGGUUUGCCAGAUGCUUUUUUGCCAUUUACCGAAAACGGAAAAGGUGGCGGUGUCAUACAGGGUUCCGCAAGUGAAUGCAAUUUUGUUUCGUUACUAGCAGCACGAUUUGAAGUGCUUAAAGAGCUUAGGCAACGUUUUCCGUUUGUGGAAGAAGGACUUUUACUGUCAAAAUUAGUCGCAUACUGUUCUAAAGAAGCUCAUUCAUCAGUCGAGAAAGCUUGCAUGAUCGGGAUGGUCAAGUUGAAAAUUUUGGAUACUGAUGCAAAGUUUCGUUUACGCGGCAAAACACUACGUUUAGCGAUAGAGGAAGAUCGUAAUCUUGGCUUAAUACCAUUUUUCGUUUCUACUACUCUUGGCACAACAUCUUGCUGCUCGUUCGAUGUUCUCUCCGAAAUUGGUCCUGUCUGUCAUGAAAAUGAUUUAUGGUUACACGUAGAUGGAGCAUAUGGUGGAAGUGCGAUGAUCUGUCCAGAAUUCCGGCCACUGAUGGAAGGAAUCGAAUAUGCAAUGAGUUUUAACACCAAUCCCAAUAAAUUCAUGCUCAUCAAUUUCGAUUGUUCCACAAUGUGGGUAAAAGAUCGCUACAAACUGACGCAAGCGCUAGUUGUUGAUCCACUUUAUUUGCAACACAGUUGGACAGACAAAGCAAUCGAUUACCGUCACUGGAGUAUACCACUCAGUCGUCGUUUCCGAUCAUUGAAACUGUGGUUUGUAAUUCGAGUUUAUGGUGUGGAAGGAUUGCAAAGUUAUAUCCGCAGACACUGUCGUUUGGCAAAAUUAUUUGAACAACUCAUACGAGCAGAUAAUAUUUUUGAAAUUGUUGGUGAUGUAAUUCUUGGUUUAGUUUGUUUUCGUAUGGUUGCUUCCGAAGAAAUGAAUCAAGCACUCCUCACCAAGUUGAAUUCUUCUGGCCGUAUUCACAUGGUACCAGCAUCGUUAAAUGGACGUUUCGUGAUUCGUUUCUGUGUUUGUGCAGAACAUGCCACUGAGAAAGAUAUUCAAAUUGCUUAUGAUUUCAUUUCACAAACAGCCCGACAUAUCUACCAAGAUUCGGUUUCAUGCCCACUUGCUGAGGAUGAAGAACUGGAAACCGCGGAAGAGAAAGAAGAGUGUAUCGAACAGAUAAGUCUUUUAGCUUUCUUUUUCAAAAAUAAGAAAAAGGAAAAAGCUUUCGCAUUAUUCGUUAUUUAUCACAUUUAUAAAAAACAAUUUUAA